AGAAAGACAUAACUUUAGUUUUCAAUCUGUGGCAUUAAUGUUAAUACUAGUGCUAGUAUAUUUACAUUUAUGAUUUUAACAACAAUUUAACAAUAUCUUAUAAUUUUUCAGUUUUUAGUGUGUAAAAUGUGUUUAUUUGAAGCGAAUCUCAAUGAAAAAUGCAAUAAAAACAAGAUGUUCUGUUAUUAAAGUGUAACUGUUAUCGUAGAAGAUGGGAUCAAUGUCACUUAUUUUAUGUGAAAUUGUGUAAUAAUUAGGCCUAUUUCAAUAUUGUGCUCUGGAUUGCUAUUUUUGUAAUAAACUAUGGAUUCAUCUCUAUCUUUUUUUAGUUUACCUUUCGUAGAUUCAGAGCAGUCCGAGUUAAGUCUCUGCAAAAGGGAGAGUGAUUGUAACUUCGAUAUUCAUAACAGUUUGACGACUAGUGGCGCACUAUUAGGUGGUGAUGAUGUUCUCGCUCAGUUCCUCACUGACGGCCCCUUGGAGGAACCUGACCUCAAUGGGCCGACGACAUUGCAUUGCGAAAUUUGCAAGAAGAAGUUUGACAAUGCAAAAAAGUAUUAUGGUCAUUUACGAGUUCAUUCAAAAGACAAUCUUUGGAUAUGUGAUAAGUGUCCGGACCAGAAGUUUUCUAUCAAGCAAAACUUAAUGAAGCAUAGCUUGAUACACAAACCAUUAGCAAAGGUUUGGAAAUGUCCGCAGUGCACUAUGGUGUUUGAGUCUUUAUGGCGCCUUCAGCAACAUCUUUUUGCUAAGCACCUUGAUUACAGACCUCAUAAAUGUGAUAUAUGCGAAAAAUCAUUUCACAAGAUGUCAGACCUAAAAAAACAUAAAGAUAUACAUGAAGGUAUUCCUAGAUAUGAAUGUCCAACAUGCCAGAGGAAGUUCAAGGAUUCAUCUAAUUUAAAAAGGCAUAUGCUAAGACAUAACAAUAUAAAACCAUACAAAUGCCCUGGUUGCCAGAAUUCAUUUAAACAGAUAGCAUCCCUGAAACGCCAUCAAAAUAAUUGUUCCUUAUAUUUUAAUACAAAUGUGGACAAAACAACUAGAAAAAAUUAUUGCCGAGAAUGUGGAAUGACAUUUCAAUACAAAAGUGCAUUGUUGGAGCAUUGUGUUAGGCAACACACAAAUUCAAAUGCAGAAGGAACAAUUGAUUCAAACCAAAUCAAUAUUGAUGCAAACAGAACAGUUGAUAAUAUUGUAGAUGACAUUCUAUCUGCAGAGGAUGACUAUAUGACUAUGUCAACUGGCCAUGAAAUGUUGAACAAUUUCAAUCACAGCAACCAGAACUUUACUGAUACAAAUCUGGAUGACAAUUUGAUGCAGAUUGAAUUCCUGAAAGAUAUGAACCAGUUGCACACAUUGGAUGAUGAACUCUUGUACAAUGAUUUGGAUUUUGACAGCUUUCAAAAUGGGCAAAUUUUCAACAUGAACCCUGAGGAUCUAGAUUACAAUUGCGACAGUACUGAAAUAUUUGACUACACUAAUGGGGGGAAAAGCAUUGAUCAUGACAUUAUGAAUGCCUUAUGUCAGGUUAAGCCUGAACAUCUCACGGAUGAAUUAUUCAAUUUAAACACAUUUGUAGAAAAACAAACAGAGCCUCUUCCAAAUACAUUGCCUGAUGAAUGUGCAACUAUUUUCGAAAGUGACGUAGAUCUAGAAGCCAGUACAAAUUUAGCAGCAAAUUUGAAUCAGUUAAUAGGAGAAAACAGUGUGCAAUAUAUAUCCACAGAAGAUGAUGAUACAUUUAUAAUUAGUUUAAACAGCGAGAUAGAUGCAGAAAAAUUAACAGAUAUGCUGAAUAUAGGGGUUGAAUGCAUUGACAAUGAUGAAGAAUAUGAAUACAAUUUAAAUACUGGAGACGAAAAUAAGAGUCGUAGUCUAUUAGAUAACAUAGUGCCAGUAAUUCUGAAAGUAACAUCAGUAGACCUGACCCCUGUACGUACUGAGAGUGAAAAGAUAGGUGAUAAGGAUGAUGAAAAUACAAGUAAAUCUGAUGCCAAAAGUAAAAAGCAGAGUGUUUAUGUUUGCACUACUUGUAAGAAAGUAUUCAAUAGAAAAGAUAAUUAUAGAUCUCACAUUGCGAUCCACGAGCCGUCCCUCCGGCGGCACCGGUGUGAAGUGUGCGGCGAGCGGUUCGGUUACCGAUCCACACUGAACAAGCACCGAGCCGCGGCGCACGAGCCGAGGACCCUGCCGGCACACACUUGUCCGCAUUGUGAUCAACAUUUCUCAGCUGCUUGGAAGUUAAAAAUCCAUGUGGAACGUGAUCAUGAGCGGUUGACUCGCUACCAGUGUGAUGUAAAAGACUGCGGCAAGAAAUUUUUCAAAAAAUACGACCUCGUUGUACACAAAAGAUACCACACUGGCGAGAGGCCAUACUCGUGUGACAUUUGCAAGCAGAGCUUUCCGCACGUGUCGCAUCUAAAGAGGCACGUUCGAAGUGUCGAUUGUACGAAGAGGAUUCGAAAGAAAUACAAAUUUUCGUCGUUGCAAUGAAAACAGAAUAUCAUGGUUACUUAGCAUUCGUUUUUAUAAGUUAAAAUAAAUGUAUCUGUAUUAAUAAGUUAAACAUUAAAACUAUUCGAAAAGUAUAACAUGUAUUUGAUA